GUGGGUCUCUUGUGGUUUCUUCUUUGUUAAGCAAAACCGCGGUGUUCCUUAACGAUGUUUCCGGGAAAGAGAGCUUCCGAGAAUAGCUUAUAGCUCGCAGUCUUUCUAUACUUUGAUAAUUCGGGUGAUCUCUCUUUCUUGAGAAACAUACAACCAAUUCAAUUUCGGCCGAGUUUUUGCAUUGAUGGAAAUAUAUUCUUUUAGUUAGGCUGUUACAUUACGGUUUAACGAUGGAUAACAAACAGAGACUACGAAAAAAAAGGGAACUUUUUACCAGUUUAUCUUCUGCUUCUGGGAAAUUCUUCCGACCCUUUCAUGAUCUUCUAUCAAAGAGUUCGGAUGAAGCAAUGGCUGUUUCCAAAUCCAAGAGUGUCUUACAGGAUUAUCAUAUUCCAAAUUACAUUCUUAUAGCUGGAUCUGAGCCCAAAAAUGCUUCCCAUAUACCUGCUUGUCCAGUGAUAGUGUUCAUUAACUCCAGAAGUGGUGGUCAAUUGGGUGGGAAACUUCUUGUCACUUAUCGUUCUCUUCUUAAUGAAAACCAGGUUUUUGAUUUGGGAGAAAAGGCCCCUGAUAAAGUACUUCAUGUACUUUAUGCCAAUUUAGAAAGGUUAAGGUAUGCUGGAGAUGUCUUGGCUGCUGAAAUUCUGAAGAGAUUGAGAAUAAUUGUUGCCGGGGGAGAUGGCACAGCUGGAUGGCUUCUUGGAGUUGUUUCUGAUCUUAAACUACCUUAUCCACCUCCAAUUGCUACAGUGCCAUUGGGAACUGGAAACAACCUCCCAUUUGCAUUUGGUUGGGGAAAGAAAAAUCCCAACACAGACCGUCAGUCUGUUCUGUCAUUCCUGGAACAAGUAAAGAUUGCGAAAGAAAUGAAGAUUGAUAGCUGGCAUAUUCUCAUGAGAAUGAGGAUUCCUAGACAAGAGCCAUGUGAUCCCAUUGCACCUCUUGAAUUACCCCAUUCUUUGCAUGCAUUUCAUCGUGUCUCUGAAAAUGAUACACUGAAUGUGAAGGGUUGCCACACAUUUCGUGGGGGAUUUUGGAACUACUUCAGCAUGGGAAUGGAUGCUCAAGUGUCAUAUGCUUUUCAUUCUGAGAGGAAGUUACACCCAGAAAAAUUCCAAAAUCAGUUAGCGAAUCAGAGUACUUAUUUGAAGAUUGCUGGUACUCAAGGAUGGUUUUUUGCUUUUCUUUCACAACCAUCUUCGCAAUCACGGAACAUAGCACAGCUAGCAAAAGUUAAAAUCAUGAAAAAACAAGGCGUGUGGGAGGAACUCCAUAUACAUCACAGCAUUAGAUCCAUUGUUUGCCUCAACUUGCCCAGUUUUUCUGGGGGACUUGAUCCUUGGGGAAAACCAUUGAGGAAGAAACUACGCCAGAGGGGCUUGACUCCUCCAUAUGUAGAUGAUGGCCUCAUUGAGAUAGUUGGUUUUAGAAAUGCUUGGCAUGGACUUGUUUUGCUUGCUCCAAACGGGCAUGGGACUCGUCUUGCUCAGGCAAACAGAGUACGGUUUGAGUUCCAAAAGGGCGCUGCUGACCAUACAUUUAUGAGAAUGGACGGUGAGCCAUGGAAACAGCCUCUCCCAGUUGAUGAUGACAACGUAGUUGUGGAAAUUUCUCACCUUCGCCAAGUGAGUAUGCUUGCCAUCCCCGGUUGCCGGUCGAGAAGCAUAUAUGAUCUGCCGCCCGCCAGUUUCCCUGAUGCCGAAAGCAAUAGUGUCAAGGAAGAAUAUGACGAAGAUUGGGAAGAACGAAGGAAGUUUGGCGCUGCUGACUCAUUUAAAUUUCCAGAUGAGAUUGAUAUAGCUCAUUUCAGUUGAACUACAGACUGCUAAACUUAUUUUCCCUAUUUUUCCAGGUCUAUAACAUCUCCCCAGUGCUAAACCGAUUGGUUUCACUUGGUUUUCAUUAUAA